UGCUCUAUAUAAGAAGCCUUUGCCAUGUACGACUACAAUUUGGUUAGCAUGUUCUCCAGUGCUUUGUUUCUGUAUAUAUCUUUCUCUACAACAAUGGCAGCAGAUAAGGAAAUCAAUUUGGAGCAAGAACUCGAGUUAGAAGAAUCCUGGGUUAUUGUUUGGCGGAGAGAAUUUCGAAAAGCAGCUCGGGUUAUCUUUUUACUGGUGAUUCAAGUUCUUAGGUUUCAAUUCAACAUGGUACUUAAAUCAAACCAUAUAAAGAUUGUUGAUUAUCAACUACGAAAGCAACAGGAUCUUCAACAUAUUGGAACGGUUCAAUGUGAAUUAUCUAUUUAAUAUUCUCAUCGCCUCCUC